GGGCGCGCCCCCUGCCAAGUCAGUGAGCCUUGCCAGAGUAUACAGUUGCCUUGCCGUAGGCGUAGAAGACAGUGAACACGGAAGACAGUUCCGGGUUUAUUAUUCACAGACAGCAGUCGUUAUCAUUCUGUAGUUAGUCACAUACCAUUUCAGAAAACGAUGUCACUUUUAAUGGAUAACCAAUUUGGAGAACUUCCAGUCGACAAAUCAGUGGAUACAAAGUUCUUUCUGGAGUCAGUGGCAUAUCUUCCGCUUUUUUUUGACUGCCUGGGGUCAAAAGUAUUUGUUCCUAUCAAAUCAGACAUCAGUGGCAAUAUAACAAAAAUCAGAAGUGUGUAUGACAAGGACCCUGCCAAGUAUGCAACACUACAGCAGAUAGUGGAGUCAGAGAAGGAGGCAUAUGGCACAGAGUGGCCCAAAGUGGGAGCCACCUUGGCCCUGAUGUGGCUGAAGAGAGGCCUCCGUUUCAUCCAGAUCCUGCUUCAGAGCUUGGCAGAUGGAGAGAAAGAUGAGAACAACCCUAACCUCAUCCGUGUCAACAUCACCAAAGCCUACGACCAGGCCCUGAAGAAAUACCACGGCUGGCUAGUGCAGAAGAUCUUUAAGGCGGCAUUGCUUGCAGCACCCUAUAAGUCAGACUUUAUAAAGGCCCUGUCAAAAGGUCAAGAGGUUAGAGAGGAGGACUGCAUGGCUAGUGUACGCCAGUUCCUCAUCAAUUACACGGCCACAGUGGAUGCAAUCUAUGAGAUGUACACAACGCUGAAUGCAGAGCUGGACUAUAGUGUUUGAUGUCCCCCAUACUGGACCACAGCAGCAUCCUGCGUGUUAUUUUCUUUCAGUCUUCUAUUUUUCAUCCUUUCUCUCAGGUUAUGGAACUUUCCAGCUUAUGAGGAUUGAGGACUUUAUUUCAAUGACGCUGUUUUUAUUCGUAUCACCAUUUGUAUGAUUAAUUUCAUGUCCCUCCUUUUAAGUCCCUCCCUACUGAAUGUUGACGGUUUGGCCCCAGGUGAGUUGCUACUGGAUGGAAAGUGGCAUAUUCCGUGUUGAGUCUGUUAUAAAUUCAAGAAAUGUAAAAAUUGCAGGAAUGUUACAGGUCUAGCACAACUCUUGUUGUGUAAGCCCAUUAAGCGGUCUGCUGCAGUUACACAUGAUCCACCAUCAGGUAAGAGACAUUUAGAAGUGAUACCCAGAGAGCUGGUCAGUGUUAUUCUAGUACUGUAUCUCUCUCUGUGGGAGGGAAGAGUGUAUCUGCUGAUGAUACAAGACUCAUGAAAUCCCUACUGUAACUCUACCCUGAAACGUGAGAUAGUACCCUCACUGCCCUGUAGCUAGGGGAAGAGUUAACUACCCCGUGCCUUUAGAGAUUAUAACCAGCAUUAGUGGUUUUAAUGCUUAGUGCUGUCUGUUGUGUGAUGUUUUGUUUGUGGCUUCUGCAUGUUUGUUUGAACAACUGAAUCUUUAGUUGAGUAGGGUUGCACUUCCUUCAUGUCUUUUUGAAAUACAUAUUUUCAAUCCAUUCAAUUUGUUCGACACAUUUAGCAUUUAACAUUUUAGCCAUUUAGCAGAUGCUCUUAUCCAGAGGGAUUAACAGUUAGUGUAUUAAUCUUAAGGUAGCUAAGAGCGACAACUACAUCUCACAGUCAUAGUAAGCAAAAAAUAAAUAGUAGCUAUCAGCAAAUGCAGUACUAGACAAUGCCAAACAGUAUUUGGCACAUACAUUUACAUGUCAGUUUCAUUCACUAUUGGGGUGUUGCACUUCAUGUGAUUUUGAAAGCUUGCUGUAAUAGCAACAUUUUAUUUGACUUCAGAAAGUGUAUUGUUUCUGAAAUAGUACUGUAUUUCCUAAUUGUUGGAACAACAUUUAUUGGCUCAAAUCAGUUCAAAGAGCAUGGUCAAUGCAAUCUAAUUAUUUAUUUGUGAGAUACAUGCUUGUGUUUGUCCUGUAUGUAUACCUGGAAUAUGAUUAUGUGCAUUGAUAACAUUGAAGUGAUUUUUUAGGUCAAUCACGACCAAAACAUCCCACCACCUGAACAGCUUCUUCCCCCAUGCCGUGGCCCUUACCAACCGGUCACAAUGAUCUCCUCAUUCAAGGACUAGGCACUGUUUACUAUUCAUCUAAGGACGAUGCACCCUGCACUUUCAUAAAACUGCACAUUACUCCCAGUGUGGUCAUCUGCUGCAAUAGCCAAUCUGUGACAAGGAUCGAUGAGUUGUGACUUCCGAUAUGCCAUUCUGCACACCACUGUUGUACUGCACCAUUAUUUGUAUUUGUGGACCGCCUGUUAGUUUGCACAAUUCUUGCCAUUCUCCUUCGACCUCACUCAUCCACGAGCUGUUAUCGUGCACCAUUGCGCGCAUGUUGAUUUUGUCCCCCCCACACCAUACGUGUUCAGGACACACUCUGAACCAACAAUAUUAAUUUGGGGACAGGUCGAAAAGCAUUAAACAUUUAUGGAAAUUUAGCUAGCUAGCAUGCUGUUGCUAGCUAAUUUGUCCUGGGGUAUAAACAUUGGGGUUUUAUUUUACCUGAAAUGCACAAGGUCCUCUAUUAUGACAAUUAAUCCACAGAUAAAAGGGUAAAAGUUUGUUUUCUAGUAAUCUCUCCUCCUUCAGACUUCUUCUUUGGACUUAAUACUGUAUGGCAGUUGGCAACCAACUUUAAGGUACAUUACCACAACCAACUGGACUGGAGUGUAAACCUCAGUUCACCUGUCAAUCACCCACAUGGGUAUAUGCUCUUAAAAACCAAUGAGGAGAUGGCAUGUGGGUAUAUGCUCCUAAAAACCAAUGAGGAGAUGGGAGAGGCAGGACUUGCAGCACAUCAAGCGUCACAAAUAGAACUAAGUUCUAUUUUAACACUUGGCUACACAGACGCUCGUUGACACCCGUGAGCAGUGUGGGUGCAAUGAUUGAAUGACAUUUAUUUUGCAACGCUUGCGGUCCGAUCAGCAUGUAAGUCGCUUAGGUCACUUGUUUUGCCCAUUGUAACGUUCAAUCGAACAGUAACUGAAUGCCUCGAUGCCUGUCUGCUUGCUUUAUAUACUAGCAAGCCACGGCCAUGUGACUCACUCUGUAGGAGCGAUCCAUUUUUGUGAACAGGCCGGUGAGUGUAUAUUUCCCUUAUAGCAUAUCAUCCCGUAAAUUGAUUUAUUCAUACAUCUAUACAUGUACAAUUCUUAAUGUAGCUUAUAGUGUAAUCUGUCGUUUUUAGCGUGGUGUUCAUUGUCUACAUACUGUAUGUGGAUUGUGUAAAUUCUGUGUCUAUAUAGCUUGUCCGUAUAUUCUGUUUGUCUGUAUAUUCUGUUUAUUGUGGCAGCACCAUUUCACAGAGUCAAAGUCCUGUACAUGCUAAUGUAUUUGGCUAAUAAAGGUGAUUCUGAUUUCACUGAA